AUCAUUUAUGGCACAGAAUUUAGACAUGAUUUAUGGCAUGAAAUGGCUCAAUUGUAUAAGAUAUUUAUGCAGAUGCUCGUAAACAAUGUUGUUAUGAAAUGUGGUUGAAUGAUGAAAGGAUAAUAUCUCAAAUUUUGUAUGUUCAAGAAUUGUUAGAAAACUGGAAAGGGUGAGUAUUUACAAUUAUUGUUAAUACCUGUUCCACAUUUAAUACGCUGUUCCGAGCUUUAAAAAACUCAGCUGCUUGUACUUCUGAUCUUUUAUUCAACUUUUGAAUCAUUCUUAUGUAUAUUGACAAUUGCAUGAAAAUGUAUAUGUGAGAUCACAGUUGAAAUACAAACAAUUCACCUCCGAAUACAUAUAUUUUAUAAAGAUUACUUUGAAAUAUUGCCUUAUUUUAGUAACACUGGCACCAUAUAUAAAUAUAGUCUAUACACAAAUGAAAAAUAUAAAUUAUAAGGAGUCGUCUGAAUGGUUAAUUUUAUGGAAAUCAAAACUCACAUAUUGUCCUAAUAUUUAAUUAUAACAUAAUUCACUUUGAAUUACUGUACAUGUCAUAUUUAUAUAUCAUAAUAUACUGAAAUCAACUAUUUACAAUUGCUUUCACUAUUAGGCCUCAUCAAUGAGUGAGACUAUAAACAACUGCAGUUACAAUAUUUUACAAUGUAUACAAUCAACCAGAAUGUUACAGUUAUACAAUUCUAACUGUUCACAAUAACAUUGUAUUUCUCUCUUUUUCAGUAAUCAUGUCAUUCUUACUCAUUUCAUGACUCAUGUGGCAUGUUUGUAUUGCAUGAGCAAACAUUUAUAACACUGAUACAAGUGUGUCCAUGUGGGAAAACUAUCUUGUUUUGCUGGGUUCAAUUCCUAGUGCACACUGAAUGUAUAAUGCUACAAUUUUUACAGACGAUUAUUUAAAGUUUUAGUGAUAUUAUAUUAUACGUCAUUAAAUCUGUUAAUUUACUGCAGCUGGUACUGCACUGCUACACUGUGUUUAGUACAUGUAGUAUUAUCGUAAACAGUCAUACAAGACUUACUUUUAAUAUUUUACACAUAUUUAUAAUUUGGAUGCAAUUAACCUAUUAAGUGCCAGUGCUCUCCAUUUGACGAAUAAACUUGUUUGGCAUCACACAGAGUAAAAUAAUAAAGUAUAGCUCAUCGGUGGGUUAACUAGACACAUAGCUCUCUCCUCUUCCAAGGAUUCUAUUGGCUAUGAUUACGAUUAGUUUUGAGAUACAUUUCACUGCACUUUAUACCUGUAUGAGUGAAUGAGUGCAGUUAACCUAUUACAGUAGAUGCCAGCACUCUCGUUGAUAAGUAAAAUCAUCUGGCAUUAGAGUAAAGUAGUAUGUCAAUAUAAUUAGUAGGGCACAUUAAGGGCACAAUGGAACUCAAUGGGUUAAGCAUUACAAACAUCACUGAUAAUUUUAAAAAAUGCUUGUGCAUGUGUGAUGUCCCACAUUUCAAAUUCAGCAAACAAUUCUUCAGCUGAAUUGAUCUUGUCACAUUUUGAAACAAUUAAGUCUAUAAGUUCUAUUGUUAACCCAGUACUGAUGUCAAUUCCUCCAAAGUUUGCACCAGAUUUGCCAGCUUCAAUUCUGUAUUUCUUCAGUAAUGCCUGUAUACGUACUCGCUGCUCAUCUGUAACAAGGCGAACAGGCUGGGGCUCAGGUUCUUCGCAUAGUUUUCUAUCAGUUUGGAUUUGUAACUCCUUAUUUGUUGCACAAGUUAAGCAUUUGCAAACCUUAAAGCAGUUACUGCAACAAAUGUGCCUUUCGUAUUUCAAUUUGAUUUCACUUCCACAUGAUGCAGAUCCCAGAAAAACCAGAAGUUCCUUUCUCAAACAAUUGGUUUCUUGUAAGCAGAAAUUUCGCAUUUCAGUUGUCAUCCCUGGUUUGUUAGUGGAAAUAUCUUGGCCAUUGAAGAAAAGAGAGGCUCUUGCUGGUUUAUUAUCUCGUCCAGUUCUGCCAAUUUCUUGGUAAUAAGAUUCCAUAGUCCUUGGCACUCCAAUAUGUAUGACAUGUCUGACGUUAGGAAUGUUAACACCGAUUCCAAUAGCAAUUGUCGCAAACAAGACACGAAUAGUUCGAUCUUCAUCGUUUCCCAUUAGCUGUUUCAUAAUCUCUUUCUUCAUGCUGUCAGUCUGUGGUGAGUGAUAUUGCGCAAACAAACAAUUCUCCGGGCUUUUUUCCGUUUUCUCAGAUGAUAGAAAAUAGCUUGCCUCCCCAAGUUCGUCCAUGAACAGUUUAAAUGCGUAUCCACACCACCUUAAUGGGAGGUAUAUUAGAGUGAGAGGGUAUGCUGUUAGGCUUUUUUUCAAUUCUUUCGCAAUUGGAAGAAGUAUUGCUUUAUAGCUUUCUUCUCCUGUAGACGAUGGUUUUCGUUUCUCUUUGUGAAAAUGAAUGUUUGGGCGAUCCAAGUUCCCUACUACCACGAGUGGUUUGUCGAGAAGGAGAGAAUUCGUUAAGGAUUCUCUUACGUGUUUUGGAGCAGUUGCAGUGAGUACUAAAAAUGGAGCGGAAGGGAAAAUAGAACCUAAUUGCGACAGAUUGCCAAAAUCAGGUCGAAAAUCAAAACCCCAUUCUUCAAUAAGAUGCCCUUCGUCAACAACACAAGCAACAACACGCAUUUGUAGUGCUUCUGAAAGUAGUAUUUGUCUACCUUCCCUGCAAGAAAUAAAUGCCUCAGGAUGAGCAUAAAUUAGUUUAAACUUUCCGUCCGUGAUAUUCUUCUCCGUAUUAUUAUCAAGAGACAAUAUAUUCAAUUCUCUCUCCUCUUCUGGCAUGUCCAUGUAUUCUUCUGCGUCGUCUUCAUCUUCAUAUGCAGUGGCUAUGUUAUGUUUCUUGACUGUAUUUAAAACUACCGCUUCGAUUCCAUGGCGCUUUAGAAUUGUUAGUUGAUUUUGAAUCAAUGCAUUCAGCGGUGUGAUAACCAAAACGAUAGAUCCGUUCUUCACAUUCGUACUAUUAAUGUUACGGUGGUCAAAUAUAAAUGGAAGUAGAUGAAAGAGGACAGAUUUUCCAUAACCAGUUGGAAGGACGCCAAUUGUGUCCCUUCCUAAGAAUAACGACUCUAGUACUUUGUAUUGUUUCACUUUUAGAAAGAAAUUUUGAUAAUUUGAGACAUCCAAAGCGUACCGAACAGCGUUCAUAAAAUUUUGUAGAGAGUACAUGUUCUUAUUAGUGAGUUUGCUUAUCAAACAAUAUAAACGACAGGUUAAAGAUGCGAACGCGGGAAAAUUUAUUUUAAAUUAGUUAGUGUUGUUAUAAUUGUGAGUUACAUGUCAGGGGAAACCAUUAAUUAUUUACUAGAGUAAACUCUUGCGAAAUGGCGGGAAAAUCAUAAAAGUAUGUCAUCGAACGAAAGAACACCUCGCAAGAAGCAUUACUCGGGAAAUAAAAACAUUUGUUGCCUUUGUGGAAACGAUAAACAUAUUGGAAAGUUUACAGACGUGUGUAGCAACGUUGGUAAAGGAAAACGGCUACCAGAAAUAAUUCAGGAUGUCUUGGGUUUAGAAUUCGAGGACAUUGAGGAACAGCCAACUAAAGUCUGUCGAAGUUGUCAAAUCAAACUCGACGGGUUCUCCAAAUUCAAAUCAUCUGCUUUAACCAUGCGAAAAACCAUUCUUGGCCAGGUGACGUCGAAGAGAUGUCUUGUGUUCUCUCUUUCCGAGUCUGGUCCGAAUCCGAAAGCCACUUGCACUGCCACAUCCGACAUACAUCCUCAUGUAGGGUCUGAAACGAAUGCUGAUCCAGUAACUAAUAAAGUAUGUAGUUUGUGACUCUAAUAAUAUUGACAAUUACAGAUACGUAAUUGAACAGAUAUGAACACUAUUCUCUAUAGAUAGUUGUUCGAUGUUGACCUGCCUUGUUUUGUUUUGUUUUAUACUGAGCCAUGCAUGAAAGUGUAAUAAAAUGUAUAAUUUAUCUAGCUCAAAUUAUAAAUAAAACCACUUCACACUAUUGAAAAUGACAUCAUUCUUACCAUUCAUUAUAGCCACCUGGAAAAUGUUUGAGUGACCAAGAUGUAGUUAGCCUCUCUGAAUCUAUAGAAUAUGGCUCAUCUUUGGUGAUUGCAAACACGGUUGGUGGCAUUAAUGCAAUCAGACAGCAGUUUAUUAAUAAACUAUUAAACGAAAUCAAGCAACAAUGUAAAAAAUUAUGCGCAAGAUCAUCGCCAUCCGUACUUAGGAAAAACGGCUUUUCUGGUAUGACAGAAUUUGACUGGCCGAACUUAAUAUCAGAGAUGACAACUAAUUGUCCAUUACUGCUUGAUGUUAUACUGGCUGCUAUGAAUCAUGAACCGACUGAACCAAUCGAAAAUAUCGCUCCAAGAAUUGGCAUGUGCUAUGCUAUCAUUAUGCAAACCAGAAAUCACGAGCUAAGCUUGGUACAGCGAAUAAAUACGAUCCUAUUGGCCGAAGGAAAUGCCAGGAAGAAGGUUAUUAUUCUAUAAUAUUCAUUCUAUUUAUCAGUGCAGGUUACUCGCCUUUUCUAUAUUACUCGCCUUCAGCCUAUACCAGAACACGCUAUUGGGUCUGCAUGGAGACUGAUUUGUCAUGUGGACAGACUUGCUUGACAUGCUUGACGUUCCCCCUUCUGAUCAAUAUAUGUUUCAAAAAGAUAAAAUGACAUUCGUUCUGCAGAGAAGUCAAAUACGUAAUGACAUUUGCAAUUGCACCACUUAUUCUUUGAUCACCCACUACAGUCCAUUCCCAAUUUCUUCAUCUCUAAGACUAAGUAUAAUUUCUAAUAUUCAUCCAUAAUUUAAGUUACAUGAAACUGACGUUCUAUUUUUUUAAAGCUUUUCAGGCAAUGCCAGAAAAUGGGCUUCUCAUUAUCUCAUCAGAGCAAAACCAAUCUAUUGGACAUCGUAGGCCAUCACUUUGCCGAUACUUUGAUAGAAGAAAUCAAAGAUGGUAAAAAAUUACAGGGCAUUGGUGACAACUGGGAUCUGCGAAUAAAUGUUCAUGAGAUGCAGUUGGGCAAUCAAAAUAUUGAUUUGCAUUAUUUUGCAUCAUGCUUGAUUGUCGAAAGAGUUCCGUGCAAAGACCUCUCGGCUAUUGCGCCACAAAAGGACGUGCUAAGUCUUCCUAACUCAGCAUUUCUUUUGAACAAUAGUGAAUCAAUUGAGCUACGAGAAAAUUUCAAGGUAUUAGUUGGACGAGUUCUGGUAGAAAAUGUCACACAUCUGUCCUUUAUGAAGAGUAUUAUCCCGACGCACAUUCCACAUGAUUACGAGCGAGAAACAGCCUUGAAAUCCACCAUUGUUCCGUUGUCUAUGCAAUUAAAAGACGAGAAGAAAUACGACGACGUUGUAGACAUUCUCGACUAUUAUGAGCAAGAACUGGAAAACAUUUACGCUAAAGCAGGUGUCAUUCAGAAGCCAGCAGAAACCAAAGAAGGGCAAAAACCCACAUCAAUUGAAGGGCUAACUUCAGCAGCUGACCAACCAGGAGCCCAUUGUAACAAGAAGGACGACAAUGAUCACAUGAAAGCCAUCGCAGUCCCAUUUGGUGGCGAUCAGAUGACCAGAGUCAGGUUUGCUGGUGCAAAAGAUUUGCGAUCAGGAGCUCACACUGCAAAAGAACGACUCGACCACUGCAGUCCAUUUUUCUCGGCACCAUUUCACACGAAAAUGGCAUUUGUACAGGUACAAUACAAAUCAUAGUUUGUGUUAAAUACGGUUGCAAAUCAAAUCACAAGGUCCAUCAUGUUAUUUAAUUUGUUCAGAAUACGAAAAGGAUUCGUGCAGGGAAAAAAAUAAAUAACUCAUGCAUGUACUAUAGAGGGAGUAUGAAAAAAGUGGACAAUUUUCAAACGGCUCUCCACUUCACAAAUCGGUUCAUUUCUUAAAAUGUUUGAUACAUUUGUUUGGGUAUUAAAUUAUAAUGUAUAGAACAAACAAAAAAAGAUCGUAAAGAUAAAUAUUACAGAUCGGAGGGGUUAUGCAGUGUGACCAAAAUGUUCUUCAAAUUUUACUAAAGUAGACAAAGUACGCACAAAACGGUAUCUCUAGGUAUCUAGCUGAUACGGUAUCUAGCUGAUGAGGUUUUAUUUUUUAGGCUUGGCAGUUAUGUACAUCACUUCGAGCACGUUAUUAAACAAGAAACACACAUUUUUAUCAAAAUGAUUAUAAUAAUUAAAAAAAACAACUUCAAAUUUUCUUGAAAGUUCAAGAAAUUUUACUAAAACCAGGGACGGAUCCAGGGUUUUUGAUGACCGGUUUACUAGGUUCACCCAACUAAUAGGGGGUCCCGGUGCAUGCCCCCCUGACUAACACGCAGCUCAAACGAACUAAAAACCAAACUGCAAGAAAAGAGCGUGAAAGCUUCGCAAUCAUUAACUGAUUCUCAAUCGCCAAAGCAAUCGUCAGUUGGUCUAAAUACUCUCGGUAGUCCAUAAUCAAAUUUCAAUAGUAGAUUAGACAACAUCAAUUUUAUGAAAUUGGAAGGUUAUAGAUUUUCUUUCUUUGGAGAAUCUGUCAGGGUUAUGUAAACCUGCCCUGUCAAACCUGUCUGAAUCCGCCCCUGAAAACUGUGCAAGUAAAACUUUCUACCAAUUCUGGUUAUGUUUUAGCAGUAUUAAAAAUAGAUUGCACAUGAAAUUUAAAAGUUUAAAAUGCAUUUUGAAUUCAAGGGCCAAAUAUCAGAAAGUUUACUAAAUUUUAAGUCCUUUAAUUAAAUUAAUGAUUAAGCAUGCUAAAGGCUGAUACUUUAGAGAAUUAUAUUUUGCGUGAAGAGUUUAAUGGCUUAAACUAAAGCAACAUAUUGUACUAUAGUUAAAAUCCGCACAAAUUUCCCAGCCAUAAACUCAAAUACAGUUAAAGCUUUUAAAUUUCAUGCGCAAAACCAUUUUUAGUUUAUGGGAACAGAACCCCCCCCCCCCCCAAUUGUUUACAAAAUUGGUUUUCGAGAAACUUUAAUAUUUCUUUAUUAUACAUUGUAAGUACCAAAGGAAUUCUAUAUAUAUCAAACACCUUAUACCAGGAGCUGCUAUAUAUAAAACGAAAAACUAUAUAUAUAUAUACAUAUAUAUAUAUAUAUAUAUAUAUAUAUAUAUAUAUAUAUAUAUAUAUAUAUAUAUAUAUAUAUAUAUAUAUAUAUAUAUUAUAUAUUAAAAAUUUUUUAAACUAUUUUUAGUUCAUCUACAGUUCACUGCAUAAAGCCGGGUCUGUACGAGAAGUUGGCACCCUGAAAUUCUUCCGCGAGAAAUAUAACCGCAGGAAUGUGACACCAGAAAAAGUAACCAAAUCAUACGAGGGGUCAGAGCAGUUUCUUCUGAGUGUUGGGAAAGCCUACCUCUUAGAAGCGGCAACGUCAUUUUGGGGAAUAGAAAAGCUCGACGAUCAGCCAACAGAGUAUGUACCACCAGCUGGAAUUGCUCACAUGACUAAGGAAAAGAAAAAAGAAUACUUCAAUUUGGUUAUUGGGAAAUUUGUGGAUGAGUAUAUCAUACCAGAUCCUGAGAGAGAAAAUGAACUUCAAAUAAACAGUACCAAAGAAGGCUCAUUUGAAGCAGACAGAGUGAGGUGGAUGUAACACAAAAUAUUUAUUCCAUGCAUACAUGUUUGCAAUCAACAUAAAUAAUCUAAACUUGUGGAAAAUUUUUAUAAAUAAAUACAAGUCAAAAAACAAUAUACCUAAUAACGGUACUAUUUUCACCGUUUCCCUAUCUUUGUAGGCAUCCAAUGUCAGAGUAAAUACCCCCCUACCCCCACCUUAUAAUAGGAAAUGAUGGUGUCAAUUAAGCAUUACUGAUUACAAUGCGAUAUAUUGUUUUGUGUUUGACAGAUUCUAUGGAUUGAAUAUGAUAGAACUAUUUGUGUUCCUAAUGCAAUUGAUUGACACAACCAAAGAAGGUAACAAUUAUAUUAUUAACCCUUUUAGUGGCAACGCAAUCUGAUACACCCUACUUUAGUAAUUUACUCCGUCUAACGAUUUUACUAUGAAACCAUGUGCAGACAAAUAUAUGAAAACCUAGACGUAUCUAAUGUAAUGCAUACAGUGGGAAAAACUACAGUACUGUAACUGAUUACUGGAAUCAUCACCAUCAAGAAUACUGAUGUACAGGUUUAAUAGUAAAACACAAAUGUAACUAAAAGAUAAUGACAGAGUCUAUUAAACAAUUAUUUACAACGCUAAUAAAUAUUUUAUACACUGAUCAUAGUACAUUAAUGAUGGAAAGUUCUUAUGUAAUACCCAUUUUACUUUGAAUGUACAACCAGCAUGUUAUAUAUUCCUAAUACACUACAUCGUACAUAUUUUUAGGUGAUGGCAGAAGGAAUAACAUUAAUAAAAAGCGACUCUUACAGUAUUUCAAAUCAUCAAGUUCUUGCCAGAACUACUCAGUUGAGAUGUUCACAAGUAUCGCCCAGGUUGAAGCUAUGUUGUCCGAAGAAAUGGCCCACAGACUGACAUGGGGACAGUUCGUAAAUUGGAAUGGAGGUCAAGGCAGGAACAUAGCUUGCGAUAUGGCCCAGGAAAUCUGUAACAGGGUAAGCAAAGAUGUUGUGAAAGGAAUGGGUGCAAACAAGACCACCAAAGCGAUGGUGAGGGCAUCGAGGGCUGCAGCCGGUGUCAAACAAGUUGUGCAGGCAAUGGAGAAGGCAUCAGAUAUUAAAAAAAAUUCCAACAAGCACAGCCACAAGAAGUCAGAUGAAGAUGAGUUGCUGAUGUUUCAAGAUCUCAGAAAGCUAAGACCUUUUGCCAUUAUAUCCGGUCGACAUCACAACCAUUUCCAUGAUAUUGCUCUUUCACCAACCAGUACCAUUGACAUGAGCAAUUUCUUUAAAUGGCUACAAAAGCACAAGAGACAAAUCUCAAUGGGAUUUAAAAAGUAAUUGCAGUAAAACACCGCAUAUAAAAACCUAUAACUUAAGAAGAACCUAUUAGGCUAAAAUAUUUUAUUUAGACCCCCUUUAGAUUAUUUAUAUCAAAUAGAGUCAAAAUUAAGUAACAAUUUACAAUCUGUGUACCUUUAAGUGCAUAAUUAUACAGAGUUGGCAUAGUGCAUUAUAAUGUCAUUUUUUUGCAAUUCAAUUGUGCAUUUUUUGUAUAAAUCAAAAACUAUACAUAAAUAAAAUGAGUCGCCUUUCUCUUAAAAGCAUGUUUUUAGCCUAAUAUCCCACUAAGUUUUAGUAUAUUGAACUUGACGGUUGUUGAUCAUUUUUGCUAUGGCAUAUACUGUUUAUUUUAACCCACCAAGCUGCAGAGCAUCCCCAUUGACGAGUAAAAUCAUCUGGCGUUAGACAAGUAAAAAAAGGUGGGGCGCACUGGAGUGCCUUGCGGCUCAUUAUGGGUUAGCUCUAAAUGGCAAGACUAUCCCCUUUAAGAAUAAAAUUGUCUGGCGUUAGACAUGGUAAAAUGUUAAAGUUGCAUGGGUACACUGCUUGUCAAAAAACGUUAAUUUUAACAAGAAAUGGCAGAUAGAUUAAGUUAAAUCAUUAACUAUUGAGUGGCAGCAAUCUCCACCUUGAUACAUAAAGUAGUAUGGUAUUAGACAGAGUAAAAUAAUAAUUAAAGCAGGGCACAUAUAAUAAAGUAGGGCCCUGUGCUACUUUUAAAAAUUAUUAACAGGGUGCAUAAGCAGAUGGUCUGCUUAACCCAAUGAGUGGAAGCAUUCUCCCCCUGAAGAGUAAAAUCAUCUGGUGUUAGACAAAUAGAGAAUAAUACAUGGGUUUGCAGAAAUACAAUAAUUAUGAGAAAUAAAUCUGGUAUUUCUAAGCACCCAUGUAUUUUUCUGUUUAUUAUAUAUAAUAGACGGUACAGAAAAGUGAUAAUUGAAAAGUGAUCAUUUUCACAUGUGAAAUAAUCAUAAAUAAUCUCACAUGUAGACAGAUUAAAAUAAUAAAGUAGGGCACAUUGACACUUAAACGGUUAAGCACUUCAGUAAGACUUUCCACUUGACCAGUAAAAUCACUUAUAUAGGUAUUAGACAAAAAGUAAAAGAAUAAAGUUACAUGUAGGUGCAUUUCAAAUCAAUUGGUUAAACAUUUUUACUUAUUGCUGAUAAAUAGCAAUCAUGGCAAUUGUUAUUAUGGUUUUUAUCAGCAACCUUCAUAUAUUCUUUGUUUGCAAUCUAAAUGAUGGGGCAAAAGAAUGGUUGUAGCAAGAAAACUUAGCGGUAAUUCAUCUUCUGAGUCUUAAGGCCCAUCUACACGAUACGAUUAGUUGUAUAUGAUUCUUAAUAUCCUGGCGUAUGUACUGUAUUCAAAUAAAUGCAUGUAAAAAGGUCACAUUUCAAACUUCAUUUUCCCACGCCAGAAUACGAAUCGUAUACCACGUAGUUGUGUCGAUCGUGUGUGGGGGUAAUACGCCAGUUUAUGGAGUACUUGACCAGAUGUAUUUGCUCAGCUCUGUCGAAUUUCUAUACUUGCUUAUUAAUCUGAAUUUAGACUGUCUCUAAACUCAAAUUGUAUUUAUUUCUCAAAAUUUAACACAUCACUCAAAGAAUUAAAAACACUGUCACUCAUUUACAAAACAACUACUCUAGGUACAUUUGACAUAAACUUAUGAGUUGAGCACAUAAGUUGCACAUGCGAUGUGAAUUGUAACUUAUAAAUAUAUUGUAAUAUAUAUCAUUUAGUUGUAAAUAUAUUUUUCACAUUUAAUUAAUAUAUAGAUAUUUACAUAUAUCACACAAUAAAUG